AUGCCGCGCUCAUCAAUUUCCCAACUGUCAAAGAGGCUGGAGCGUCUGGAAGAGCUACCCGCAGCUCAAGCUCGUAACGGACUGCCGCAUCCGCCGCAUCCCGAUUCCGACCCAGAAAGAGACGUUUCUGGAGGAGCUCAUAAUGUCUUUCCCCUGACUACCAACGGAUCAACCACUCCUAUUGCCACCAUCACUCCCCGGCCGCCCGCUCAACUCUCAGCGACAAACGCCGUACAAUCUGCUUCACCAUUGUCUCGCAACGAAGCCGAUGGCGAUGCCAUGUACGGUCCUUCAUCCAACAGCUCAUUUCUACGACUGAUGACCGAAGCUGCGGGCCCCAGAAGCUCAAACACAAAGAGUCCAGAGGAGCUGGCUGGCCAGGAUGCAGGAGAAGUCGCCCCUACAGUACUUGGGUUCGCGAUAACAACGCAGCCAAAGAGUCCUGAUAUCCUACCGGACCCUGUAAUGCUUCCCGAGAGGUGGCUCGCCGAUAAUCUCUUCCGCUGCUUUUGGGAUUUUGUCCACCCCGUGUUUCCCAUACUCCACCGGCCGUCGUUCACCGCGUCGUACGAAGCGGUUUGGCAGCCAUCUCAAGGCCGACCUCCCAAUCGAGACUACAAGGACACUGUUUUCCAUGCCACCUUGAGCAUCGUGCUGGCUCUUGGGUGUCAGCGGACAGAUCAGGUCUCGGUAACGGAGCAAGUUCGCCUAGCCAAUAGGUUCUAUAAGCAGUCUUUUAAGCUCGUGUCAGUCGAUACGCUCGAUCACUCCUCUCUGCAACUCGUCCAGCUAUUGCUACUGAGGGGCGUUUACCUACACUACACGCAAUACGCAGACCGAUGUUGGAACACAACCGGAGUCGCACUGCGAGUUGCGCAGGGUCUCGGAUUGCACUCCCGCGGUGAUGGACCAACGUCCUCAAAGAAAGAUUCUCCACCAGCACCCGUGGCACCCGUGUCGCUGCCUUCGCUUGCUCGGAUCCAGAUGAUUGCCACCCAGCUAACGUCAACGCUUCCAAGACUCACGGCAACCACCUUUGGGAGACCUGUCCUUGUGUCUCGGCAGUACUUCGUCCCUCCGCCGGAACCUAUCGACGAUGAGUAUUUGUCUGAGAGUUCCGAAGGCCUACAACCGUCGGAUCGCCCUUCGUACCUGGCCUUCUUUGUACACUCCGUUGCGCUGUUUGAUGUGCUGAAUGAGAUACUAGCCAAAUUCUACACCGAAGGCGAAUCUGUCUCGGACAAGACACCCGAUUCACUCAGUCAUGUCCUGCAGCUCUCGUCAAAGCUCGACGUGUUGGGCCAUUCAAUCCCGCCCUACCUCAGAGAAGGCGCGGAUUUGACACGGCUAGACGAAGAGUUGCGAGGGUGUCUGCAGAUGCAGGCAAACAUCCUCAAGUCGAGAGUCUUAUGGAUUCGGCUUCUCCUCCUUCGUCCGCUCCUCUUGGCCGAAGCUAAGCACGGUAGUCGGCCCCAGAAAUCAUUCGCAACGGCCGCCACGCAUACACUUCGAGACAGUCUAGGACACUCGGCGAACUUACUCUGCGUUUCGACGGCUCACAGCGUACUACAGGAGCUUUACGAAAAGCUGGGCAGCGUCAGGCAGAACUCGGCCUGGCAUGUUCUACUCUUUACCUUUGCCGCAGCUUCCACUCUGGUAGUCGCGACCCUGUGCCCCGAUCUCCACGUCAGCUUCGAAACAGAGCCGACAAAAUCCUCGUGGGACAGAGCUUUGCGCAUCUUUGAUUUUCACAAGCAGCACGUCGCGUCUGCCAGCCGAGGCAUCGAAGUCUUGGAAAGAUUUCGCGCAUCUGUCAUGGCUGCCGCUUCGCAGCGAGACGCUCCCAGCGGGGCCCCCGCCACCAAUGAAACAUACAAUGCGCGACUUGAGCAACCAAGCGAGCAGGACGUCUUGAUCCCGUUUGGCUCUGUGCCUGGUUUGAAUCAGACGACCCUGGCGCAGGACUUUGGGGAUUUCACAGGCUCUGAUUUGCUCAAUGAAAGCUGGUUCAAUAUUCAGGGGAUAGAUCUAACCAACUGGGGAAUCUUUCAAUGA